GGACUAUCGGUGACACCAAUCGGUGAGCAAUGAGUGCUUCUGGAGACGACUCGUCCAUCGAUGGUCUGUCCAAUGGCUUCGACACAAUGCGAUUACAAUGUCGGAUCAGCUCCGGUGUGUCGGAUGAGGUGGACGUGUUUGUGAUGUCCGAGUCGGGCAAACCUGUCUAUUGUUACUCCAGACGCGAGGACUCGAUCACAUUGAUGGGCGUCUGUGUGGCACUGAUCCAUGUGGUGGACAGUGUCCACAGCGACACCGUUCGCCACAUUCAGACCACAUCCGGCCUUCGGAUCACUUUCUCUCAUAAGCCGCCACUCAUUAUAUGUCUCGUGUUUCGCGUCAACUCCGGCGUCGACUCAUCCAUACUUGUAAACCAAGUGAACGCACAGAUUGUAUCCAUACUGACGGCUAAGACACUGAAGUCGGUCUUUGAACAAAGACAGACCUUCGACUUAAAGAGAUUACUAUCAGGAAGCGAGAAACUGAUCGACACAUUGAUUGACGUCAUAUUGAAUCCAAUCGAUGCCAACAAAUGUGAUCAACAAAUGGCCAAAAGUCACAAAAAGGCGAAUCAAGUGAACGCAUACCUCACGUCGUCGACCACCACUUUCCGCACGAUUGGCACCCAAUCGGUGGUCAACAACCGGAACCACAUCUCCGGUCGCGUCUAUAUCCCCAUCCGACUCAUGUCGACAUCACUGCGCGAAUCGGUUUACAAUAUAAUCACUUCGUGUGCCUCUUCGGCGCCGAACGUAGUCUUCAGUCUAUUAUUCUCUGUCGACAAGAAGUUCAAAGACGAGAACAAUUGCAAUAACAAUGAAAUCCAAUUAAUUCUUGUCUGUAAUCACAACUCGAAGGCCAGAAUCAACGCACUGGACAUCCAAUUGAUCUAUUCGUUGGUCAUCGCAUCGGAGUCUCAGUUAUCAUCGGUUGAGUCGUUUUGGUUACCCAUAUGUCUGCCCCGAUUCGACUCCAAUAACUUCCUUCACACACACAUCUCAUACCUGUCCGACGAGUACUGCUUAGCGUUGUUGACCACCGAUCGCGAAGACUUCCACAAAUGCCAACUCAUGAAGGACUCGGUGAUCGACCGGUUGGCCAAAGUGCACCUCCAGCCCAGUCGUUCCAGUCUCGCGGACUUAGCGCUGCCGCAGAUCCAGUAUUUAUGGUACCAAUCGGUGCGACAGUCGGUGCUGUGGCGCCAGUCGACGGUCGCCGACUUCAGUCCAUUGAAUCACUACAUCACGAAUCGGAUGUUGAAAUCAAAUCUGAAGACAUUUUGGUUGCGGAGCGAAACCGAUGGCCUACUGUUGGGCUGGCAUUUGACCACAUUUCAGCUGUACGUCCAGUUCGACGUGACUAUCACUCAAUUGCAG